AUGGAGUUCUCUACUCUAGAAGCGCGUCUCGCCAGCUUCGAGCCUCCAUCCAAGCGAUCGAAGCUAGGAUGGCCUCACAAAACACCAACACCUGACGAGCUAGCAAAAGCUGGGUUCUACUACAAACCCUCGAGCGCAAGCAAUGAUAACACCAUCUGCUUUAUGUGUGGAAGAUUUCUGGAUGGCUGGGAGCCGGAUGAUGAUCCAAUUCAAGAGCACCUGAAACAUUCCAGUGAUUGCCCAUGGGCGAUUCUUAUGGACGCCGCUCAAAACACUAGUCUCGACGUCAACAACAUGGACGAUCCCACGGGAGAACAUCACGCAGGCGCGCGCCGAGCUACGUUUGGGAUAGGAUGGCCUCAUGAAUCGAAGCGUGGUUGGACGUGUAAAACCGAAAAGAUGGUAGAGGCAGGCUGGUACUAUGCCCCAACAUCAGACAGUGAUGAUUUUGUGAGCUGCACGUAUUGCAAACUAUCGUUGGAUGGCUGGGAACCCAAAGACAACCCAUUCGACGAGCAUUAUCGAAGAUCUCCCGAGUGUCCUUUUUUUCACUUCGCAGGCACAACUGCCUCUUCGAGACGGCCCAAAGCCAAAAAGGGUCGCGCAUCAAGAUCCUCAAGAUCCUCGAAAGUCUCGACCCGGCUUUCGACUCAGUCAAAUAACACAACCAUGCUCUCUGAAGCUCCAUCUCUCAAUGAUAUUCCAGACUUGGACGAAUCGAUAGACACCAGUACUACAUCCGUGUUAUCAACAAUGUCAGUUGCUUCCACAGCCACGACCAAAGGAAAGCGAAAAGGUGCAGGAGGAAGGACGAAGACCACAAAAAGCAAAAAGCCGAAGACGACACGUUCAACAAGAGCCAAGAAGGCUGAAACAGAGCCGGAGCCAGAAGUAGCGCUGGUUGAACAGCACGCCCCGGAAGCAGAAAUCGAUGGGGACGAAACCCCAACCCAGGGUCAGAUGCACACGCAAACGCAUACCGAAGUCGAAACCGAACAUAGACUUGAAGUACUAUCACAAACUCCGGCCUUUCCUAGUCCGAGACCAACACCACCAAAAGAAAUAGAAUAUCCAAUCCUUGCCGGCAGCCCCGGGAUCCGCAGUACACCACGACAUUUGAGUCCAAUUGGUGUACCGCCACAACCCUCGCCGACUCCGGUUCGAACGAAGGCUACGCCUUCUGUAAAAGGUACAGCUACAUCUUCGAGAACGGUUCCCCGGUCCAUUCCUCGACUUCAAGCUACGAAUCAUGCCAUUGAAUCACCCUAUGCGACCGGGCGUUCGCCUUCUACAGACAUUGAAAAUGCCCCUCCCAGUGCACGGUCUGCGUCGGUGCGCAAUGCUCUGACAUCUCAGAGUCAGACGCAGACAGUUCCUCUCGCGUCCUCGAGUCCAGGAGAGGUUGUGCCUGCGUGGGAGCCUGCGGAUAUUGAGCUCAUCUUCCAUACCGACACACCUCAACCGGCAGAUCUGUUGGGCUUGACGGGCGGCAAACUGUCCAGAGAGGAACAGGAAAUGACUGUGCAAGAGUGGAUAGGACAUGUGGCCAGUCAAGCAGAGAGCAGUUUGCGAGCGGAAGCUGAGAGGGUGGUGGGUGUGUUUGAGCGCGAAGGACAGAGGGCUAUGGGUGUUUUGGAGGCGAUCAAGUGUGUAUGA